AUGAGUGCAAAUCCUGAGAUCCACCUAUCCCAGCCUCCUCCGGAUUACGUCGAUGAGAAAGCUCGAAAUGACGAUGACAAANAAUCCCCAGAUGGCUCCACGAAUAUAUCGCCAGCACACACUUUGUCCAGCUCAGACGAUGUUGUCUACCAUUACCUAGAACUCGACACGCCAAUUCCUCGUCCUUCUUACCUUUCAGCUCCCUACGAACUCCAUUCGACCCCGCCAGCAGAGCCCGAUCUCAAGAAAUACGAAUCACCCUUCAAAUGGUCCAAGAGCAGGAAGCGCGCAAUAACUUGGCUGUCAUGCCUUGCAACAACAGUGACGGCGUAUGCAGCUGGUAGCUAUACAGCUGGCGAUGCACAGAUGGAGAAGGAGUGGGGUGUGUCUCGCGUUGCCAUCACCGUGGGAGUGACCAUCUUCACAACCGGUUUUGCCAUCGCGCCUAUGAUCCUGGCCCCUUUCUCAGAAAUCAAUGGACGUCGGCCUAUGUUCGUGGUUACUGGCAUUCUCUAUGUUAUCUUCCAGGUCUGCUGUGCCGUCACUCGAUCUUACGGUGGCAUGCUCGCUGCGCGCUUCCUCAAAGGAUGUGCGUCCAGUACCUUCAGCACCAUGGUAGGUGGAGUGAUUAGUGAUAUCUAUCAUGCCGAGGACCGAAACACUGCCAUGGCUCUUUUCUCCGGCGCUGCCCUCUUUGGCACGGGACUUGGACCUCUGGUAUCGUCCUUCAUAGCUUACUACACAACGUGGAGAUGGAUCUUCUAUCUGCAAGUCAUAACUUGUGGAAUCGUCCAGAUCUUAGUAAUCUUGUUCUUCAAAGAGUCACGGGGCUCGGUACUGUUAUCGAAGAAAGCCAAGUGUCUCAACAAGUACUACGACAAACUCGAGGCAGCAGGAUUUACAGGUGUUGAAAUGCCUAGCGAUUCAAUAUCGGGCAAAACUUCGAGCCAGAGGAUACGCUGGAAAGUGAAAAGUGACGAGGAACGUGCCAGUCUCUUGCAGAUGAUCAGGAUCUCGCUCGUGCGUCCCUUCCAUCUGUUAUUCACGGAACCUGUCGUCUUCUUCUUCAGUCUAUGGGUUGCGUUCUCAUGUCUCCAGCAUGNNGCUAUCCUCUACUUGACCUUUGGAGCGAUCCCCGUGAUCUUCUCAGCAUCACACAACUUCAAUCUCUAUCAGACCGGAUGCGUGUUUGCCGCCAUCAGCAUAGCAUCCAUAACCUCAACCAUCAUCUCCAUACUCGGCGAUAAGUGGACGAAGCGCCAUUUCCCUCACCUCGGCGACUCGCCAGAGGGACGCUUGUAUUUUGCUUGUGCACAGAGUAUCCUACUACCCGUUGGUCUUUUCUGGCUUGCGUGGACAUCGGGUAGUAACGUGCAUUGGAUCGUGCCCACCCUAGCCAUCGGCUGUGCUACAAUGGGUAUCUUCAGCAUCUACCUGGCUGUGUUCAAUUACCUGGCCGACACGUAUCAUCGCUACGCCAGCUCCGCGCUAGCAGCACAGAGCUUUNGCAGGAAUAUGCUUGGUGGUGCGUUUCCUCUUNUCGUGCCUCAGAUGUUCAGGGCCAUGACAUUCCAAGGCGCAGGUAGUCUUUUGGGUGGCAUUGGUGCGGUGUUGACGUUAGUUCCCUUUGCUCUCCUCAUAUGGGGUCCGAAGAUCAGAGCGAGGAGCAAGUUUGCUAGCGAAAUCAUGGAUAAAUAA